AGCUAUUUUCAUAUUGCGUACAAAAUAUUUUUUAUAGCGUAAUAAUUAAAAGAAAUAUUUAGAUAAAAUAAACUGUAACUAACGUAAUUAUAAGUUUUUAAUAAACUAGAUUGAACGUAGAUUCACGUAAAGUGGUGCGCGAUGCGCAAGAGAUACACAUAUAUAGGAAAAACUAUAUUGUCACAUACACCUUAUAUAGAUAUGUUUAUUUUAUUUUAAUAUUUUUUCUGUGUUAAGUGGUCUGAACUUGUAAUAAAAAAGAAGGGAUCUAAAUGUGCAACACUUUUUUCAAGACCAUUUUUUCAAGACCUUUUCCUAUGUAAUUUUCCUUCAAAAUGCCUGUAAUUGUUAUGUUCAGGUAACUAAUUAAGGAAUGGUUUGACACUAACAUAUUAACCUUAUUUUUAUUAUUAAGAAAGCUAUUUCUUAUUAAUUAAAAGUUAUUUCUUAUAAGUAUAAAGUUAUUCUUCUCUCUAGGAACUGAUUAUCGAUAAUGUCGAUAAACAUGGACGACGGUCGAAAGUAACCGAAAAAAUUCUCUCAUUAAUUAUGGAUAUCGGCAACGAAACAAAAUUCUGUCAUCGAUCAUGAUUAUUGGUAACGAAGAAAAUGUUGAUUGCUCGUAAUGGUUAUUUGUGAGCUGACCACUUAAAAACGAAUAUUUUUGCAUCAUUGAAUUUUUCGAAAAAUCUCUUGAAGACCUAGUGAUCAUCGUUUCUCAUCUAAAUAACAUCAUCUUUUUAUCAAUGAAUUUUUCAUACAAAUUUUAGAAAUAAUUAUUAUUUUUGGCAAUAGAAAUACAUAGAUCCAGCGGUUAUUUGGGAAAAUAGAAUCAAAGUUAUUCAAAGAGCAGUGAUAAGGGUCAAUAAUGGUCGAGAUAAUAACACAGUAAACACGUAAUUCUAUUUGAGAAAUGUACUAAUUGUUGGGUUGAAAAAAAAGAAAAUGAAAUAACGAAAGGCAUGUACCAUAAGUGCUAUACUGAAAAAAAGAAAAUGAGGUAGAGAAAAGCAUGUAAGUAGUAAUGUAUCGAAACAAUUUAGGUGGCAAAAUCGGAAAUACCGAACGAAUGUAGUGGCAGUGAAAGGUUGUCCGAUAAAACAUUCCUAUAUCCAUUCGAUUACAUCUCAUGUUCUUUUCCCAAACUGUCCGUGCUGUAUAUGUAUAUAUAUACAUUUAUGUACAGAGGCGUGUAUCGUAUGUCGUAUACCGUUCAUUCGACUCUUUACCGUUUCCCCUACCUGGGAGAAUCGGUCGCGUCGUACGUUGAGCUGGUAUCUCGAGCGUAGGUAACCCCGUUACGUUCCUGUCUGCGAAUUUACCGUCGAGAAGGACAGCAAAAGGCGCGUGUUACUCUCCCGUCUUCCCCUUCUUCUUUUGCCUCGAUCGCAAUUUUUCAUCGUUACAGUUAACGUGCCGUACAAUUCUAGUCUUCUGAUAAUUUCCUUUGAAAGUUCGGUUUUCAAAUGAGAGUUCGAAGCGGUCGAAUCUACCGCUUCUUUUAUUCGCCUCUUCGUUAGGACCAAGAAAAUUCGAGGCAAGUAAAGUCAAGACAAGUCGAGUCGGGUCAGAUCGGAUCACAUCGGAUCGGAUCGUCCUAUCGAGAAAGCUCGAAUCACGAGAAACUUGUUGCCAGAACAGACGAAGGAUUCUUGUGUUUCGGACAAACAAACAAGAGUUAACUUAACAAACUGAGUUGAAAGUGUCUAGAAGAAACCCGGCCAAUUAGGCGGCCGUGGUUAAAUGGUUAAGCGAUGAAGCGAGAUUGUUAGUGGUUCGAUCGAGUGUUUCGAUUACACCGAUCGACGUUCAGUUUGAUCGACUGGUGAUGUCCCAUUGGAAUAAGCUACAGUAGAUACGGUGUGAAACAGCGAAUAUGAGAAGAACGUGGUAUUUACCGAUACUUAUUUGUUCACUUUGGAACGUUGUUCCGACUAGAGAAGCAGAAUGGAUACCGUGCGUCGAGUUAAAACGGGAAUUACACGUCCCGUGCAAAUGUACCAUCUCGACGGAAUACAGUCGAUCGAUCGAGAUGAACUGCGAUCGAGUGGUGUUUACGCGAAACACGAUGGAUAGUCUAAAAGGGGAACCGAUUGUUUCCAUUAGUCAGAGAAAUAGCGGAUAUAACGCUCUACCGGAGGACUUGCUCAAUUCUGACUUGAAUCUGAAAAAAUUAGAUCUGUCGGGCAAUUCGAUUCACAGAUUGAUGGAUCGCUUGCUCCGUGUACAAACCCGAUUGGAGGAACUAAAGCUUGCCGAUAAUCUAUUAGGCGAUAACCUAAAUCCGAUAUUCUCGAGCAAUGAGUUUCACGGUAUGAAACAACUGAAACUACUCGAUCUGAGCAGGAACGGACUUCGAAGUUUAGAAGAAGGGAUCUUUAAAGGAUGCGAAAGCCUCGAACAGCUUUACUUGGACGGUAACAAUUUGACAACGGUACCGACGAUGUCUUUGAAGGGACUUGGAUCGAUCAGAGUGCUUUCGCUAUCUGACAAUAAUAUCGAAUCCCUUCCACGAGCCGCUUUCUCGAUAUUAGGUGACUCGCUAUUGCGAUUAGAUCUCAGUGAAAACGAAUUGUCCCAUAUGGAAGACGAUGCAUUGUCAGGGCUCGAACGAUUACUUUUACUAAACCUAUCUCGCAACGAUCUUAACCGUUUUAACAGCGAUGUUUUUAAAGGGGCUUACAAUUUAUUGCAGUUGGAUUUGUCAACAAAUUUUCUGCGAGAAUUCCCAAGCGAUGCACUGAGACAUCUAACGGACUUGAAGUUUCUCAAUAUGUCGAACAAUUUAAUCGAUGAGAUUGAUCAUCGACAUUUAUCAUCUUUGGGAGAGCUGCAAGUAUUGGAUCUUAGCCGAAAUAACAUCGGUCGGCUAGAUUUCGGUACGUUUUCCAAGUUGUCCGAGUUAACUAGGCUCGACUUAAGCCUGAACGCAUUACGCACGAUUGACGAAUCAUCGUUCAAUGGUUUAAACAAAUUAAAAUGGCUCUCGUUGCAAGACAACAACAUCUUACUAGUACCAGCCCUGGCUCUGACUAGGUUACCAUCUUUAGCUCAUCUUCAUAUGGAAUUCAAUCGAGUCGCUGCUCUGCCGACCGAGUUGAUCCAAGCAACAGCCUCGAAUCUCGUAACACUGGCGCUCACUCGAAAUUUAGUUCGAGAAAUACCCGCUGGUCUGUUCCAGGACUUUGAAAGGUUGAUCAGUAUCGAAUUAUCCGGCAAUAUGCUGUCAAGGAUCACACGCGACACGUUCGUUGGAUUGGAAGAAACGCUGCUCGAGUUGGAUGUAUCCUCCAAUAGGCUGACCUCGAUCGGCGAGCUUCCUCUAAGACGGUUGAUCUCUCUUAAUUUAUCGGGGAAUCGGCUAACGCGAAUCUCUCCGGAAACGUUCGAUCAUUUGAAAAGAAUUCGAUAUUUAAAUCUGAGCUCGAACCCGCUUUACGGUGGUUUCCCUCCGGUGUUCCCCUUCUCCGUGCUCGAUCUCGACGUUUCGCGUACCGAUCUAAGCAUCCUGCCGUCGGUACUGUUUCGCAACCUCGAAUCACUCGAGAGGCUAUCGAUCGCCGGCAAUCGAUUGGAAAGAAUCGAGUCAGGUACGUUCAACCGAUUGGUUAAUCUUUCGAGAAUCGACUUGUCUGAGAAUCGCAUCGAGCAUAUCGAGAACGAGGCUUUCGUGGGAUUGACCAAUCUAUACGAACUGAAUUUACGAGGUAACAGGUUGAGUUCGUUUACCGGAGAACACUUUGACACCGGAACAGGCUUGGAGAGCCUCGAUUUGUCUUCGAAUCAAAUAGAUCAAUUAUCACCGACCGCCUUCGCGAUACAUCCGAGAUUACGAGAGCUUCGUCUCUCAGAUAAUCGAUUUCUCUACUUUCCCACGGACUACCUGAAACCUCUGCAAUUUCUCGAAUGGCUGAAUUUGUCGGGAAAUGAGUUGAAGUCCGUCGACGAGUUCGCCUUUUCUCAGCUUGUUCGUCUUCGGUCGCUAAAUCUUGCCGCGAAUCGGAUCGAGUCCGUCAACGAACUAGCUUUUCAUAAUUCUACGCAGUUGCAGCUAAUCGAUCUUUCGGGCAACGAUAUCGAGACGUUAAGCGAGAGGACGAUGGAGGGUCUUCUUCGUUUGGAGCAUUUGAAUCUUCGGGACAAUCGUUUAACUUCUCUUCCGGAAACGAUCUUUGAUCCAAGCAGAGUCCGUUCCGUCGAAAGUAUCGAUUUGUCCGGGAAUCGGCUAACCGAGAUCCCGAUUAGAUCGCUACAGCGACAAAUUGGGUUCCUUUUUAGGUUAAACCUAGCUCGAAACAGAAUGGUUGAACUGUUUAGUCAAGAGGUCGCCAGCAACGUGAAGGAACUCGAUUUAUCGGAUAAUCCGUUGAGCGAGAACGCCGUCAAAGGAAUAUUGGGAGAGGCCAAGAUUCUCCGAUUCUUGAACCUGGCGAAUACCGGGAUCGAACGUCUGAUGGUCAGGCUCGAGACGCCGUUCCUUAAGCGGCUCGAUCUUUCUAGGAACGGGCUGUCCGACCUCCGGGUAACGACUCUCGAACGCGCUACCAUGCUCGAAACGUUAAACCUCUCGGGGAAUAAAUUCUCCGAUUUAUCUAGUUUGAACAAAGCAUUCCAAGCCUUGCCUGCGCUCCGGAGAUUAGACAUAUCCGACAACCAUGUGAUAACGAUCAACGAGACCGAUUUCGAUGGCUUGGCCGGCUUGCGUUUCCUGACGAUGACAAAUCUGCCGAAUUGUACGAGAAUCGAGCGAACCGCUUUCAAAUCGCUCGGAAAGCUUCGCUCUCUGGCCGCCUACGAUUACCCUAAAUUGGGCUAUUUCGACGUCCAGGGAGUACUCAAACGAAUGAACAAUUUGGAAACGCUCGAUAUCGAGAUCAAGGAUUCCUCGGUAAGCAACGAACAAUUAUCGAUACGUUCGCACCCUCGACUUAAGGAGGUGAUCCUACGAGGAGUCAGGCUCAGAAGCAUUCUAUCUAGCUCGUUAGUCGGCGUUCGAGGACCCAAGCUGAUAUUCGGCCUGAAAAAUACUUCCGUCGACUCGAUACCGGCAGCUCUCUUCUUUCCGGUACCCCGCUCCACCGAAUUGGAAUUGGACAUCUCCGGCAGCAAAUUCACCACUCUAUCCAGCCAAUUCCUUUCGGCGCUUGAUGAACGAAUCGGUUCCGUCAAGAUCAAGGGACUCCGCUAUAAUCCGAUCGAUUGCAAUUGCGACGCGAGACAACUCUGGAAAUGGCUUAAAACGAUCGGCGAUGACGAUCCUUCAAAUCUCGUUCUCUGUUCCACUCCGAUCAACUUAGCUGGAUCGAUCUUAAUCAAUCUCGCGGAACAUCGAUUGUCUUGCGAUUUGACCUCUGGCGCCUCUGUCGAUGAAUUCAUCAACGAUACCACCGCUACCAUCCACGUUCUCGCUUCUUCAUCCUCCUCUGAUUCUUUUUCCUCUUCCUCCUCCUCUUCUUAUUCCAAUCCUACCGUCAGAUCGACGUUUUCGGAACCCGAGAUUAUUUGGACCGUAGCACCACCGGUUCAAAACACUGAUCGAAAUAAGCAUUACAAUGGCGAUCAUGCAACUUCUUCGUCAGCCGGUUCCUCCGCCGGUACGGACGAUACACUUAUCAUUGGUAUCGUUGGUGGCGUCGUAGCGUUCAUAGCUCUGAUCGUAGUCGUGAUCUGUGUGUGCCGAUUUAGGUGGUCUUCUGACCGAAUCGAUCAAACGCGUUUAGCCGUAGCGGCCGCGACCAGCAGUAUUCCUGACGCCUCGAUGGUCAGGCCUGCCAGCGCUUACUCCGGCAAGAUCAAUCAUGAACUUUAUCUCGGCUCUUACAACGAAUCCACGUUAGAUCGUGGGAAUACGAUGGCUUCUUCCAUUCCAACUAUACCUCACCAAAUAAUGCCUUUGGUUCAACCACCGAUGCAUCUCAUGCAUACCCUUUUAACUCCUACUCAAACUCAACCGCAAUCACAGUCCCAACUGCAAACGCAACAAUUUUACGGAUAUUGCGACGGCUCUUUACCUGUUUAUAUUGCUUGCUCCACUGAUACCAAGUGUGACAGAUAACGAAAUAACCCACAUCUUUCCAUUGCAUACACACGUAUACCUCAUAGUUUACUCGCUCAUGUUCCACUCACUGUCAAUAGCGUGUCGUCGUGUUUAUGUUCAUUUAACGUAACUCGUAUAAACUCACGCUCGCAAGUAAGUGUAUGUACGUAUAGAUAAGCCCCGUACAUGUGUGCAGCCUCAUACAUAACACCACCUUACAUACAAUUUAUAUAUUAUAUGAAUCAACGUAUACCUACGUUGAUACUCUCUCCCUCUCUUUCUUUUAGCAACGAAUUUAUAUAUUUUAUAUGAAUUAUACAAGUUAUAUAUUUUAA